UGUAUAGUUUUGAGUCAUCGAAGAUUCCCAUCGACGCUCUCCAUGGAUAGAGCUUUGUUGUUGUUCUUCGUGGCAAUGGUGGUGGCCGGCGAUGGAAAUCACACAGUUUGGGAGCAUCACUGUGAUCCUGGUUCGGAGGUGUUUGCAUGUUCCGUGGCCUCUUUUAUUUACAGUCCUGGGGAGAACCAUUCGCAACUCAUCGUACCGGACGGAGUACGAAAAGUUCGACUACUUUAUCCGUGGGAGAAGAUCAUAAGCGAACGCGUCAAAAUUCUUGCAUACGAUAAGGUGCUGCAUGCCGAAUUGAACCAUCCACGAGCGAUACACAUCAAUUUAGGUGACAUUCGCACGAUCGAGAUUCCGAAGGAUUUGGAAUAUGCCGAGUUACAGGCAAACAAGAUUGAAAAAGUGAUUGCUCCAAAACCUCGUCUAGCGGGCGCUAAAUACUCGCUACGAUAUCUGGAUCUGGCACGAAACCGUUUAGACGACAUUGCCAACUUAAGCGCACUGGUGAACCUGGAAACCCUCAACUUGCAGCAUAAUCCUUUAGAAUCGUUUGACACACAAAUGUUCCAAUUUUUUGCAAAUCUAAGCACCCUGGUGCUGACGGGUUGCUGGCUAACGAACCUCGAUUUGCAACAGCUGGUAUACCUAGGAGUCAGUUCUAACCGCCUUUCGGAAGUACAUUUCGACAAUGUGUAUCUACCUAACCUAGAAGUGUUAUCGAUGAAAAGGAAUGACCUCUCCAGAUUGAAUAUAUACGCCUUACGGAAGGCCGCACCUAACCUGAAGUCACUGCAGAUUGCUAGAAAUAAUUUUGACUCCCGUGUAACUGCUGUGCUGUUGGCUGCACUACAAAACUCGACCAUUCUGUACGACGAUUUCGACGAACGCGGUCAAAGCUCAUUUCAGUGGGACGGUGUCAGAGACCAUCAGGACAGGCAGCGCCAGGAAGUGCAACACGCGUUGUGCAUCUGGUCACUGGCGGUGGUAAACUUGGCCCUCUUUGCAUGGGUCGGGUAUCGUUUUUGGAAAACUAGAAAAUCCACCGCACCAGAACCGGCGGAGCAAGCAUAAUACAAAU